UGACCUCAGCAAAAUGAUUCCCACUGAGUCAGGGGCCUUCAUUAUCAAGAAUGUUCUCCAUAACCCGCUGGCAGAGGAGAACAAGGCCACCCUGGUCCCUGUCGAACAAGCGGAGGGGCGUUUCCUCUUUGUGGCCUCAGAGGACGACCUCAACUGGGACAGCAAGGCUUACAUGGACAUGAUGGUGGAGAGACUGCAGCGUCAUGGGAAGGACAACUUUGAGAGCGUUUGUUACCCCGGAGCGGGGCAUUAUCUAGGGCCGCCUUAUGGACCCUACUGCCCCUCCAGUGUUCACUGGGUUGCACGCAGGCCGUUCCUGUUGGGGGGUGAGCCCAGUUCCCAUGCAGCAGCUGAAGUCCACCUGUGGAAGAAGAUCCAGGAGUUCUUCAGAACUCAGCUGAGCUGUGAUGCUACGCAGAUAAAAGCCAAACUAUAG